AUUUUUCUCCGAAGUCGCAUCGCGAUCGUGGGCAAUUCAAAAUGGAAGUUCGCGAUAAUAAUAAAUUCAGUUAUUUUCGGGUAGCGCCUAGUUUUUAUUUCGUAAACGGUAAACAAGCUCGUCAAUUCGCUAAGGAUGCAACGCAUACUCGACGAUCUUUCGGAAAUUAGCUCGAGAAUUGUCUGGUUCAAGUAAGCCCGGGUACUUGCAAGCUGCGGUGAGCCGAACUGCGGGCAGUGGCCACUUUGAAGGGAGACGGUACGAGUACUAAAAUGAGACCCCUGCCGAACUUUCGGCUGGUCCUGGUUCUGGCCCUGUUGGUCGGCGUCCACUCGGCCGAUGGCCAGUUGGAUCACUGCCGGUGUUCGGCCAGAGACGAGGCCAGGACGGCACUGCACUGCAGUGGGGACGAUGCAUUGGCAAAGCUGACUGAAUGUGGCAAGAUGCUGCUGCCGGAAGACGCUGUGCACUCUGCUAUCAUCUACAAUGCUACUUUUGAGGUGCUGCAACUGAGCGACUGGAGCUUUGCGUCUCGUCUGGAGCAUCUGGCGGUGCUGGAGUGCCGUUUCAAAAGGCUACAGCUAGAGGGCGCCACGAACCUCACAUCACUCUCUUUGGCCUCAAACGAGCUACGCCUGGUAGACUCGGCGUGGCUGCAUCCGCUCAAGUCCCUGCGUUGUCUGGACCUCUCGGGGAACCGCCUUAAUCGGCUGCCGGACAACCUGACUCGCCAUCUGACGCACCUCAACCUGUCGCGCAACGAGUUCUCAAGCCUGGACGCAGGCUGGUUUGGCUCUUCCCCCUUCCUGGUCCACCUGAACCUCUCGCACAACAGGUUGGAGAGUCUGGGUCCAGGGAACAUAUCCGUGCUCUGGGACUCCUACCUGCCAGCCCUUCAAGUCCUGGACCUGUCCUGGAACAAGCUGACCAGCCUGUGUGGCAGUUGCUUUGCUGCACAGCCCCGUCUGUCCAAGCUGUGGCUGGAACACAACCGGCUCGAGGCACUCCCCAGCGAGGCCUUUGUGCGCAACAGCCAGCUGGUGGCCGUCUACCUGGCAGAGAAUCCGUGGCGCUGCGACGACCAGCUGAAGUCGUGGCGCAACAAGUGGCUGCUGUCGCUGAGCAACAACCCGGACAAGCAUCGCCCGAGCCUGGAGGUGCAGGACAGCCCCCGGGUGCUCUGCGCCAGCCCCUUACACUGGAAGGGUCGCAGACUGUUCCUGUUCGGGUUCCCGCUGUGCGAGCGCUGUGCCUGCAACGUGCGGGUGUCCCUGAGCGUGGAGGUGAACUGCACCGGCAGGGACCUCUCGGAGCUCCCCCCGGCACUCCCGCUGGGAACCAAGGUGCUCGUGCUGGCCAGGAACCACAUCAAGUCCCUCGCCAUGCCUGCCGAGAAUGUGGGCUACGAAAACCUGCUACUGCUGGAUGUACAGGGCAAUGAAGUGAGCUCCGCUGACCAGGUGGAGGGAACGCGGGGCCUGCGCUCCCUGAUGAGCCUGAACCUGGGCUGGAACCAGCUGAGCUCCCUGCCGCCGCACGUGCUGAAGCUGCUUGGGGAACGCUCCAACGACUCGCUCCGCCUGGGGCACAACCCCUGGCUGUGCGACUGCAACACCGUCAACUUUGCAGUCUGGCUGCAGCACAACAAGGUGCGAGACAUUGAAGACAUCCGCUGCUCGGACCUAAGCUCAAGUCGGCUUGCCGGACAGGCCAUCUACACCCUGCUCAAGUCAGACCUCUGCCCACAGCCAACCAACUGGACCAACGGGCUGCUGGAUGCGGUUAACGGCAUCAUGGCUUUUCUCAUCCUUGCCAUCCUUACCAAGCUUUUGAGGGACUACUGGCGACAGAAGCGCUCCGGAAAGCUGCCCAAAUUCUUCGGCUUCGUCUGAACCUCGACGUGAACCAUAGCGGAGAUGGCAAACUGUGGAAAGCAUUGCCCUGCUGUCACUGUGCCAUCUCUUCGGCUCGUCGUCUGCUACCAUCGUCUUCAGGCGUCGGUCGUUGGCUUCAGCGAGUGCCGUUUGCCAUGUUGCGUGACCUGCAAGUGCUCUUUAGUAGUGAUGUCUUAUGAAAAUGGCCGACUUCAUCGUCUGUUAAAGUGUGCCCUCGUCAAGCUGCUUGAUUCAAACACCUUAGGCAGUUCUAUCUGGUCUGAACUUUGCCUUGGACCUUUGGUUGGGAAUGGAGAUUGGCUCUGGGAGCACCCUGUGUCCGCCAGUGCCAUUCGUUCGUGUCAUCGUGUGGUAGCGAUGGCUUCCAGCAUCGCUUGCCAGAGUGCUCAGCAAGUCUUGUCUGCUUCAUCAUUCACUGUCUGGCUAUGGUUUUUUGGGGUGUUGGCUAGCGGCCCCUUCAGCCAGUGUAGUGCCUUUGGCAAACUACUUUAUCCAGAUCAGUUUGAAUGGACAAGUAGGUAAACUGAGGUUACCUAUGUGAUUUCUUUGGUCAAUCUUUGUUUGCUUUAGGCUGAUAGUUACGAUCAGCAGUGUGAGAGAAGCGGUGUAAAUAUGCCAGUAGAGUAAUCACCUGUCUCGAACACCGGAGAACUAAAAGUGCUAAAUGUCUAAAGCUGUCGGCCUGGUUCUCACCUUUUAAGAACUGCAGGCAUCAAAAGGAGAUUUUUCAAAAUCGCAGAAAUGAAAAUGUUUCGGCUUGGUGCCUUUAUCAUGGGUCCUGUGCAAGAUCUGCUAUUUCCGGAAGACUUGUGCUUCAAGCUCACUUUUCAAGCUAUCUCGGAGAGUUGCCAUCUUCAGACAUUUUUGGUGCGUAGCUGAACUAGGAGGACAUCUUACGUGACCUCCACGAUUUUAACGUUGAUCUGUUCCUCAACCUUAUUAUCGCUUUCAAGGCUCAUUUGCUGUUACUGUGAAAAAGAGAGGGUAUGUGACGUCUUCUGAGCAGAGCUGGAGUAAUUCCGAGCUGCUUUGUCAACCUUCCGGAUGCAUGUGUCUUGAAUGUCGUCUGCUCCUCUGUGUGAUGUUGCUUCCGUUGAUGUGCCAAGUCAUUUGAAAAAGAGGGUCCCUCAACUUAUAGUGCGAACAGCGUUUUUACUGUUUCACUUCGAGUGUGUUAACGAAGAAAAGUGCCACAUCGAGAGCACAGAAUGUCUGUACUAAUGUGUGCAAGCUCAUGUAAUGACUGCGCUCGUCUGCUAGCCACACGGCACAUUUGUGAAAAAACCUUCACUUGCCAUCUUUAGUUUGUGACAGUGCUGUCUCUAACUUUUGAGGUAGUGAAUCACUUGAAAAACUUUUUUCAUUGCACCUGUGCACAUUCAAAGAUGCACCCUUUUUUAGGGGACAUGCAGUUUGUUUGGAAAAGGUUGACUACCUGGGUGAGGUGACAUUCAGAUCUGACCUCCUAAAACUUAAAACCGGGUCAUUGCAGCGUAACGUGAGCAUGCAUAAAUAUGGUUAUGUGAUUCUUUCGACAGUCCAAGGAUUGGGACAGAAUUUGGAAUUUUAGUUGUGGCCACCACUUAUACUUGUGUUUUUUGAAGAGUAGUGUAACAGAAUGUGCUGUCGGCAAUUUUUUUUUUUUUUUGCCUUGAUCUGGGCAAGUCUGUGUAGAGGACUUUUCUUUCGUUCCUUUUAUUUUGUGCCGAAGAAUGUACAAACAGUGCCAGCAAUUAUUGCCACUUUAUUGAGUUUAGCUCAAGCUUUGCUCAGUACCACACAGGGUUGCACCGAGAGUCCAUGACAACGUCCCAUGAUGUUCAGUCUAGUUUCAGUGUUUUUAAUGUGUCACUACGCUCUUCAGAGAAACAACCAGCUAAUAAUGGAACAAGAAAGUUCCCAACAGUGAGCAUAAUGCCCAUGUGCAACAUAUCAUAAUGACUUUUCGGGUUGGUUGUUGUUCUAUAAAUCUAUUGAAGGAUAAAGAGAAAGGUCAAAAUUUGAAUAAGUUUUAAAAAUCCUUUUAUUUUGGGGUUCCAGCAGCCCGAGUCACAUAUGUAAACAUAUGAUGUCAUCUGGCAGAAGCAUUCGGAACUGAAGCUGCUGUUGCAGACCGCGUGCAAGGAAUUGUGGGAAUGUCCUGGUAUGCUGCUCCUUGCUCCCACAGCAUCUACCAUGCAACAUGGAAGAGAGUGAGAGAGAAGGUUGCGCAGUUGCGCGCCUGCCCUUGCCUGCUUGCUUGCACUGCCCUCUGUUAAGGCGCGUUCACACGGGCAAGUCAUAGCUGUCGCGCGACAACUUUUGUCUCAAACGCAACAGUCGCAAGUCGCGAAAGCGAGCGGUUGGAGCAGUCUCUUCCAGACCGAUUUUAGCAACUUGUGCGAGGUCGCCCGGUGGCUGAACCAAUCAGCAACGCUUCGGAAGUGACGUGAGGUGCGCCUCGCGUUUGCUUACAUCUGGCACGCCGAACUUCCGUGGGAGAAGCAACCGACAUGUCCAUUCAAUGCCUCGGUUCGCGGUAGCGGCCGUGGGUACAGAGCCACGGAUGUCUCUGCAGCGGCUCUGGUCAGAGCUUGUAUUAAAGAAUGCUCAUCGCUUUAUGAUCGCAGCACCGCUAUUUGAACGAGCGCUUGUAAAAGAGCUCGGCCUGGGAGCAAAUCCAUUCCACUUUUGUCUUGACAGGUACGUUCUGCGACGCGGUAGCUCGAGUGACUGCACGCCAAUGUAGCGAUUGUGCUUCUUUGUACGGUUCCGAAGGACCCAGUUUAACAUAACGAGUCUUUUUCAUAUGGCAACGAGGACGCGUGUGUAGCUACGAGAGAUGAAAAUGGAAGAGCAGCGAAACUCGAACCCGAGCUGUGGCAGGGUGCACUGAAUCGACAGCGGCUCCUGAGCUUCCAAGAAGUGACUCGCCAUUAGCGACUCACCGAUCGUUUGCAGUGUGAACGUCGGUUGUCGCAUGUUGCUAGUCGCCAGUGUGAAUGCGCCUUUACAGUCGGUUCUGUACAGCUGUUUCCCAGAAUUCAUUUUGGAUCAGGAUGUUCUGCAAGAGGUCUACUGAAUAGUAAAACAUGAAUAUUUCUGUUUCAGGAUGGUUCUAAAAAGAAUAUGGUUAAUAUCUUGAGGCUCCUUGUCCUAAUUAUAUUUUUACAUUCUCAAUGUCAAGUAGCACUGCCCCCUGAAAUAUUCCUAAUUUGCUACCAGAUAAUAAUUUCUUUUUGUCGCACAUAGUCUACGAGUUUUGUCUAUAAUUUUGUUAUAAUGGGGUGAUUGGCUCUUAAGUCGAAAUUAAAGUGUUGUAGUAAGUGCAAUACGAGCCGAAGAAGAUGUGUUAACAAGGCAUUCGUGGAACAAUUUAAUCUUGUGGAUGUUGUUUGGUUUGAUUUGCAUGUAAUUUCAGAGUUAUUUUUUUGAGCUAGCAAAUUAGGGGUUGAUUGCAUACAUUUUGCCCUUUUACAGCUGAAUAUAAUUGCAAGUAUAUAUUUGUUCACUGCUUGUUUUAAUGUAGGCUGGCCGUCAUAUUGUUAGAAUAACUCCCCGCCAGUGUUCUUUUACUUGAUGAUAAUGCAAAGGUGCAAGCGAGCUGGACAAGAAUGACGAAAAUAGUCCCUGGAGGAGGGGAACAAGGGGGACAAAGGAUAGAUGCGCGACCGCAAAAAUCCGCCUGGAGAGGUCCCUGGUUACCAGGACCAGGCGGAUUUUUUCGGUCGCGCACCAGUCAGCUAGCUGUGUUUGGAGAUUUGUGUUUGUUCUUUGUCCCCCUUGUUCCCCUUCUCCAGGGAUUAUUAUCGUCAUUCUUUUACUUGUUUUAAUAGGCAGAGAUGUACUCACUUUGAUUGGGGUACCUUUGAAGGCUGAGAAUACACUAGAACUAUCUCAUGAGGCUGCCACAGUCCACUUUGGAAGGAGAGAGGUGUAUCAGUAAGGCCAGCCAAGUCGGCAAACGUUUGCUCGGGCUUCGCGCAUCUCCCGGCAGGGGCACUGUCUGUUUAGGCCUUCGCGCAGUUACGGUCGCGUGCAGUGGCUCUCAUCGGCUCCAAUCACUACUGUUUUAUUAGUGGGUACAUCUUGGUUUACCGGCUUCCUACUACCCUAGACGCGUUGCGCCGUCUCACGGCGUUUGUCAGAAGCAACGAGGUUAGUCAGAAGAGAGAACCUUCGCCACACUCGUUCCAUGGCGAUGUGGCGCCGUUCAGACACACCCCUUCCUCCGUGUUCCAGCCCUUGUAGUUGCCAUUCAAAUAACUAUGGUGCAGAGAAUUGAAACGUAAUUAAAGGGUAUAUUUUUAAACGUAACACUACAGCGAGUAGUAUCAAAUAAUCUUUGGUUUUGAGCACGAAAGUUUUUGCUUGCUCAAAGCAAAAAUGUGAUGUUUCAUAAGUUUAGUUCCCACUUUCUUAGGAGAUUGUGUUAGCAAGUUGAAGUUUUCUUAUAUUCAAUUGAAGAAAAUUACCGUAUUUACUCGCGUAUAGGUCGACCUGUUUUUCAAAAAUCGCCUCAUCAAAACUGCGGGGUCGACCAAUACGCGAAUCCCGGUAUUAUAUUUUUCAACUUUUUUUUUUUUUUUUCGGGGGUCCCGAAGUUAGGGGGUCGACCUAUACGACGUAUCGACCAAUAUGCGAGUAAAUACGGUAGUUUUUUUUCUUCUGACAAUGUGCGCGCUAUCCCGUGCUGCAGCUCACAAAGCAGUGCAGUACCAAUUUUAGUUGUAAACAUCACAUCUUGUGUUCGGCCCCCUCCCCCCUCGUUUGAUCGUAAUUGAAAAUCUCAAAUAAUCAGCACCACUGAAGCAGUUUGCCUAGACAUCACCCGGUGUUCAUUUCAGCUCAAUUUUUGAGGGAGUGUCCUGCUGCUUAUUCGUAAGUGUUUUCCGGGGAAAUGCCGUUUGUUUGUGUCCUGCGCAAACGCUUUAUACUUGUUCAAAGAAAUGAGACAUGUUCCAAUUGGAGGAGCAGUGCCAAGAUUAGAGAACCAGCUCGUCGCCAUCAUGACGUGUAAUAAUGUGGGCAUUCGUUAUGAAAAUAAAAGCGACGAAAAAGUCCAA